AUGGUGGAUGGAGAAAAGGUGGUUGAAUUGCAGCAAAAUGAGAUUGAAAUUGAGGCGGUAAAGUGGAGGCAUGCAAUAAUCCUAUACGUAGUGGGCGAUUCUCCCUCAAUUGGUACUGUUGAAAGGUUCAUUGCUACAUACUGGAAUUUUGCGGCAAAACCAAAGGUAUACUAUCAUAAUAAUGACUGUUUUGUGGUACGGUUUCCUUGUAUGGAAGAUCGAGAUGUAGUCCUAUAUUCUAGUCCAUAUACGAUCAAUAACAGACCACUAAUUGCUAAACCCUGGUCUGGUAAUUUUGAUCUGGACAAAGAGGUGCUAAGUACUAUCCUUCUGUGGGUUCGGUUGCCAGAUUUGCCUCUAAGUUGCUGGGAAAAUGUUACAUCAAGCAAGAUAGGUAGUGGAAUUGGCAAACCUAUCUAUGCUAAUGAGUGCACCACUAGCAUAUAUAGGAUUUCUUAUGCUAGAAUUUUGGUGGAAAUGAAUGUCACUAGGGAACUGCCUACUAGCUUAAGACUCUAA